AAAUAGGAAAGAACUGGAGAGCGUGGACGGUUUAGAUGGAGACCUAAACCGGAGGGGAAACACCGGGAUAAUCUGGUUGCAUAUGAAGCCAUUAAAUUUGCGGAACGUCUCUGCACUAAUCCGCUUAAGUAUUCAUGUUCCGCUGUCCCGUGGCGGAGUAACACACACACACACACACACGCGCGCUCACUUGUGGCUCUGAAGGCACAGACGCGCUUGCGUGCACGCGGGGUGUAUGAAAUAAGAUAAACGCGCAGACGGAUAUCUUGGAGCUUCGCACAUGUAAACGUAUCUCUGCAGAAGCUGCCAUGCCUCACGUUGCAAGACCGAACUGGCGGCUCGUGCUCUUCGCGCCCGUGACGAUUCCGCUGACGCGCCACUAGCCGCACCACCCAGGAGGAGACGGGAGAGGAGAGUAGUGAGCGACGGAACGAGCAAGGGACUGACUGGAAGCCGGUUUCUUGCUUUCUUUUCUCCUUCCUUGACAACCGUGGACGGAAGCCUACUGUUGCGCAAGUCCCGUGGACGAUAUUUAACGGCAAAUUCCCCGGUAGCAUCACCCAGGCUCUUCUGCAGAGAUGGAGGUUCCAGGCUUGGCGCACAACAUCACUAGUCCAUUAAGUCCCUGCGAGGGGAUGAUCAAGGACCUGAGCUUGGACGCCUUACAGUUAUGCGAGCGGGAUGGAAGUAAAUCCUCCGAGUUGGAGGAGCUCCCUGUUCCUCAGAACAUCAAGAUCAGCAACAUCACCUGUGACUCCUUCAAGAUCUGCUGGGACAUGGAGCCGCGCAGCAAGGAGCGCAUCACACACUACUUCAUUGACCUGAACAAGAAGGAGAACAAAAACUCAAACAAGUUCAAACACAAGGAUGUUCCUACCAAGCUGGUGGCCAAGGCAGUGCCCCUGCCCAUGACGGUCCGAGGUCACUGGUUCCUGAGCCCCCGCACAGAGUACACCGUGGCUGUCCAGACGGCCUCAAAACAGACCGACGGGGACUACGCCAUCUCUGAGUGGAGCGAGAUUAUCGAGUUCUGCACUGCUGAUUAUUCCACAGUGCAUCUAAACCAGCUGAUGCAAAAGGCAGAGGUCAUAGCCGGCCGGAUGCUGCGUUUCUCCGUCUUCUACAGGAACCAGAACAAAGAGUACUUUGACCAUGCCAGGGAGGCGCAGGAGAACCGGAUGCUGCGGUCAGUGAAAGACAACAGUGGCAGCCACGGGUCCCCCAUCAGUGGCAAGCUGGAGGGCAUUUACUUCUGCUGCAACACAGAGUUCAACACAGGCAAGCCUCCGCAGGACUCCCCUUACGGCCGCCACCGCUUUGAGGUCCGGGCCGACACAUUCUUCAACCCCGACACCAACCUUUACUUUGGAGACUUCUACUGCAUGUAUACAGCCUACCACUACGUCAUUCUGGUCCUGGCGCCAAAGGGCUCCACGGGAGACGAGUUCUGUAAGCAGCGGCUUCCUGCGCUAGACAUCACCAACAACCGGUUCCUUACCUGCAAGCAGGAUGAAGAGGGUGACGGCAGUCUGGUGUUUCACCACGCCCAGGACGUCAUCCUGGAGGUGAUCUACACGGAGACCGUAGACCUGGCGGUGGGCACGGUGGCUGAGAUCAGCGGGCACCAGCUGAUGAGCAUGUCCACAGUAAAUGCCAAGAAGGACCCCAGCUGCAAGACCUGCAACAUCAGUGUGGGACGCUAAGAAGAGGCAUAUUUUAGGAAGGAGGGGGAGGAGACUAGCUGUGACUGACCUCUAAACACACACAGUAAGUCCACAUGUACUGAUGAAGAAGACGGAAACAUGCAUGAAGCAGCAGAUUUUAGUAGGCUUCCAGAUAUGCACACCAAUGUAUCUGACACAGCUCUGUACUCUGAAGAGACCAUCAUUCCCAAAGAAGAGGGUACACGCUUCAACACCUGCACCUUCGUCUCCUCAUCUAAAAAGGGUUACCCUCCAUGUUAAAAAAAAAAUAAAAAAUGUACUAACGUAAGGGACCACCAACACAGACCCAUCCAUCCCGCAAGUCAACACUGGCGUUCUGACUUAAACCCUUUAACUUUAUUAACAAACGUGGGCUGCUUCUAUUCCCUGUUCUCUUUAAACACUUGUCCUAUAUUUUGUUAAUGACCUUUGCCUUGUUGUUGUUGAUAUGCUGAUUGCGUUUCCACGGUUUGUGUGGACAAGCAUUUUGUUGUUUCUAAUUACUUUGACUGUCAGAAAUGUUUUCUUCUCAUUCCACAGUAGACCUUUUCUCCUCCUACUAGUGGCACGGACUGGUACUACAGUUUUCUAGGGCUGCAGCAUCAUCGGUCAUCUUUCGUUACACCAAAGGUAUUAAACCAGACGUGAGACCUCUGUAGAAUCUUAACAGUACUAAUUCAACAGCCUCUCAGAUGUGUAUUCACCAAGUCUGAUGACCGAAUGUGAACUACUUGUUAACCUUUAAAAAAAGAGCAUGAUGCAGCAUGAGUAUGAAAGCUGUUAGUACCUCUACCACAGCAACCUUUUCUGCAACAAUCGCUCUUAUUUUAUCGUAGUCUGGCCGGAAAGAAGGAAAGUAGAACCAUAAACUGUUUAGCAGAAUAAAUGUGAAAAAAUAUUUAUUUUUAUUGAUACAUUCAUAUAUAUAUUCUCUCUCUACAUAUAGAAAACUAUAUAAACCGAAGUGCACAAUGUCAAAAGCUCUGACCAUUAUUAACAACUGCAUUUAAGGGGGAUUACUUCAUACAGGCAAAAUGCUGAAGUUCUUAAUGCAUAUCAUAGCACAAUGUAGGACAAAGAAACUGACAUGCACAAACACAACAUGAUUGUCUCAUUGAUUGCAUUUAAGCUUACACCUUUUUUUUUUUUUUUUUUCCCACAUUAACGAUGGACAAAGCUGUCCAAAACUAGUGUUAUGGCAAGGACAAAAAAGGCAAGUAACAGUGCCAUAAACAUACAUUUAGUAAUUGUAAAUUACUAAUAUGUUACAGCGCAUCCUUGACAUAAAUAAGUGCUUCAGAACAUACACUUUGCAUCAUCAAUGACAACGGAUGUGUUUUUGGGACAGAAAAACUGCAGUUGCGCAGCAUUUCAUUAAGACUUUCCACCAGUAUUAUUCAUGUAAAGUGCAUACACAUCAAGAGCAUGGCAUGAAACAACCAGAUUCUUCGGAAAUGAUCCGAGUCCUGUUGAGUAUUAAAGUCCCACUGUGAGUUAACUCAACUAGUCUUGGUUGAGUCCUGUUUACUGAGCAGGACCUUGAGGAGGCGGAGCUUUGCUUUGAGGUUCUUGUACUGGCAGUACUCCUCUGCCAUCGGUCCACGGUCCUCCUUCUGACAAGCCCUGUUAACAAUAAAUAGAGAAAAGAGAUGCAAAACUUCAGUUUCAAACAACCUGCAGCAGCUUCCACUACUGGUGGAUAGUCCCUAUGUUGCCUUACUCGGAUAGCUUUGAACAGUGUGUAUUGUAAUCAAAAACUUAAAUGUAUCGUUUACUUUGGAGGACUAACAUGUACAGGACAAAGGAUGUGUACAGUUCCGAGCAAACGUCUAUCUCUCCGUCUCUUUCCUGAGCUCUCUGUGCUGUAUUAACGUUAAGUGACACUGUCGUACCAUUACGAUGGACUUUCUUUUGUGGAUGUUUUUUCUUUGUUUUUCACAAGGCAUUGUUGGAAACCAAAUGUUCCAAGUUUAUUAAAAGACAAAAUAAAAUUCAAAAGCGAAGUAGUUUGGGGGUGUGUGUGUAACCUUUACCUGCCGGUCUGCAUGUAGAAGUGGUCCUCAAAGUCUCGGAGCGCCAGGUGAAGCCUCUGCUUCUCUAAUCGUGCCGUCCUGAGGUGAUCCAGUAACUCAGGUCUGUAAAGAAAGAAUCAAAGAAAUCUUUUAAAUGUGUGCAUUUAAAUUAGCCACAACUCAACAAAAAGCUUUAAAUUAAAAAAACUUCCUGCAAUUAUGAAUGAUCCAAAAAACUGAGUAGUAACAUAAAUUGAAAAUCCCACCAUAGAGCUCAUGAUGCCACACACACACACUCUACCUGGAAGCUUCAUGUAGUGUUGCCAUUGUGAUGAUCUGUGGCUGCAGAUCCUUCACCUCCUCCAGCGGGGACACGAGAGGUGUUUCAGACAUUUCUAGAGAAGGCAGGCGCAGGAGCUCAUCUGAAGACUCACACCUGGAAGAUUUCAGCAGCCUGGGGCUUUGCUGUUUAGGACGCUCUUCAUCAGAGCCCUCCUCUUCCUCCUAUGUAGACACGAACACACACACAGGGUGGCAAUGCUUGUCAUAAUGUAGCUCUCAUAUCUGGCCACUAGAGAGCAACAGAGUGACGCACUUCGUUUGCCAUUGUCAGUUUGUCCAAACAAAAUCCGGAGGGUUUGUGUAGUUCUACAGAUUCCAUCAUUCUUCUCUAUGAAUUUUAUUAUCAGAUAUUCACUUACAAUGGUGGUAAUGACGGCUGUAGCAGCAGAGGAAAGCAGCAGCUGCUUGACGAGACGGUACCGAUCGUAGAAAGGUUUCAUCAGAGUCCGCUCCUGCCUGGUACUCUGAAGACAGAAACCACUUUGUUAUUGUUGAGAUAAAGAGGAACCAACCAUGUUGGGACAAGGAGAUGAGAGCUAAAGUAUUAAAGUAAAACAACAGAUACACAUAUAGGAGGGGGUCUUACCGGUCGUCCGUGCAGACUCUCAAAGUAGAGCAAACACUUCUGCAGACUGGCCUUCUCCAUUGACACCUGGAAAUGGGACAUUUCCUACAUAUACAUGCACAAAUUACAUAUUAUGGUGAUGUUUUAGUCUUUACUGUUUUGCAAAUCUAUAUUACAAUAUUUGUGUGUGUAGUGAAAGCAUUUCUGCCUAAACCAACCUCCACACUGUCCGGUAGGCUCAGCUCUCGUCGUCUUUCCUUCAGUCUGUUGCUUAUCGUGUUGACGGUUUCCUCCGCCGGUGGCUUGGUGUUGCUGUUAAGUUGCGGCAGCUCAGUGUCUGUAAGUGCUGCUUCCCUCUGGUCUCUGCUGGUACUGCAUGUUUCAGCUGAUUGGUUUAGGUCUCCCUGUCCUCUCAGACCCUCUUGUGAUUGUUUCAGCUUCAGCUCUGAAAAAGUUCAGAAAAAUGUAAGACAUUUUACUAUACUAUGAAAUUAUUAUGACAUGAUUUAUGACGUAUUAUACUAUGACUUUUUGUGACUUUUUUAUGAUAACUGACAUUUUAAAAUACUUUUUGAUAUAUUUUAUGGCAUACUAUACUACGACAUUUUUGGUAUUAUGAUAUAUUACU